UUGGUAGCCAGAAAAAAAGAACUGUUUUUAGAGAGAGGAAACUAAAGACAUUAAAAAGCCAUGACGCGGGUGUGCAUAGUUAUAAUGAAAACCAUGAGCAGGCACUGAAAGAAACUUCCAGCUGAAGGAACGAAUCGCAGACGAAGGCUGAGGAACAAAACCGAAAUGGAUGAAUAAGGCUUUUUCAUGAUCUGCCUCCCAGUCUCAGCUGCUCCUGUUGCUCCUCAAGUCCUGGGCAGGAUAAGCUCUCUUGACCACGGCUGAGCGAGUGUACACAUAAGCCCAGCAAAAUGCUACAAAGAAUCAUUUGGGUGCUUUCACUGGUAAUUGUUACACCUGCAACAGAUGUCAUCCAGUACAACUGUAGCUGUCAAGGGGCCCACUGCUUGGAAAAGACCUGUAUUGGGCAGAGAUGCUUUGUGACUGAGGAGAUACUUCUUGACUCUAGAGAAAUCUAUCGAGUCCGAGGCUGUUUUAACACCAACAUUAAUGAGCAAUGCAAUAGCAAGGUGGAGAGAAUGGGCGUUCAGUGCUGUUCUUCCGAUUUCUGUAAUGAAAAUGUCACCAUCUUCAAAACUGUAGAAGAACCUCAAGUGACAAGCCUCCUCCUAGUGACUGUUCUCCCCAUAGUUCUAUUUGUGAUCUUUCUGAUGCUUUUUGCAUUCUUAUUCUGGAAGAUGAAGCAAAGCAGCCGGAAGAAGUCCUUGCCAAGACUCAUUGACUUUGUCCAUGCAGACAUUGUUAAUGCAUCAAUAGUUGGUGACAGCACUUUAGGGGAUCUUUUGGACUCUACUACUGGUAGUGGCUCAGGGCUUCCAUUCCUGGUACAAAGAACUGUGGCUCGUCAAGUUACACUUGUGGAAUGUGUAGGUAAAGGGCGAUAUGGAGAAGUAUGGAGAGGCUUGUGGCAAGGAGAAAAUGUGGCUGUUAAAAUUUUUUCUUCCCGUGAUGAACAGUCGUGGUUUAGAGAGACAGAGAUCUACAACACAGUCUUGCUACGGCAUGAAAAUAUUUUGGGUUUUAUUGCAUCUGACAUGACUUCUCGGAACUCCAGCACUCAGCUGUGGCUUAUUACUCAUUAUCAUGACAAUGGAUCUCUGUACGACUAUCUCCAGAGGACAACUGUUGAUCCAGAAGGUUGCUUACAGCUGGCAGUAUCUAUUAUUUGUGGAUUGGUCCACCUUCACGUGGAGAUAUUUGGCACCCAAGGAAAACCUGCCAUUGCACAUAGAGACCUGAAGAGCAGAAACAUCCUUGUGAAAUCCAAUAAACAAUGUUGCAUUGCAGAUCUAGGCCUUGCAGUGGUGCACUCUCAGAGUGGUUGCUACCUUGAUAUCGGUAACAAUCCGAGAGUUGGCACCAAGCGAUACAUGGCACCAGAAGUCCUGGAUGAAACAAUCCGCACAGAUUCAUUUGAAUCGUACAAACAGACAGAUGUGUGGGCCUAUGGACUGGUGCUGUGGGAAAUAUGCAGGAGAACAAUUAUAAAUGGUAUGGUGGAAGACUACAGGCCUCCAUUCUACGACAUGGUGCCACAUGAUCCAAGUUUUGAGGACAUGAAGAAAGUUGUUUGCGUGGAUCAACAAAGACCAAAUGUUCCUAACACAUGGAAUUCAGAUAAAAUAUUAUCCACACUUAUGAGGAUCAUGAGAGAAUGUUGGUACCAGGGUCCAUCGGCGAGGCUUACUGCUCUAAGGAAGAAAACCUUAAACAACCUAAAGAAUUCCCUGGAACAGAGGAAACAAGACUGUUGAGAAGAGCGGCCAACUUCAUGAUUUGCACAUUCUUAAACUCAAGAUUCCAGGGAAGCCAACAGAGAAAAAACGUGUUCCAAGUUAUUUAUGACCAUAAAGUUUGUGAUAUGUUCAACCAAUUCAAAGCACAUCACCGUCCAACAUGGAUUCCUAACCAGUCAUGAGCCUUUCACCAGCAUUACUCCUGGCAUACAUGACUAUGCUAGGAUAACAGAACAAGCACCUUUACUGGCUACGAGUAAGCUAUGUUUUCUAGACCUCUUUAGGUAUAAAUAUUCAGCAAUAUUGAAAAUAUAUUAAACUCUUUACCGUCCAUCUAUACUACUGAGCAUCAUACACAAUUGGGAAAGAUUUGGGGAAUUCAAAUCAUUUUAGGUUCUUUUAAGCUUUAUUAUUCAUUCAUAAAAAGGAUAGACAUUUCUUGUGUACCUAAAACAUAACCCCC